AUGAGAUUAGCCAACUGCGCAGGAGAUAUUAUAGUGCUCAAGUGUACGCGCAGACACAAGUGCACUCUCUAUUCCUAUCACUCUCAUACUCCGGUGGGACGACCACUCGACACGACCGGCGAGCUCCGCCGCGGUGCUCCGCUGGCCGGCACGCUGAGCUCGGUAGGCGGCGGCGGGGAGCACGCGCCGCCCGUCUACCGGCCCGGCUCGCAGGCAUACGUAGUGUCGCAGUUCGUGAAGCCGAAGCCGCCGCACCAAUACUGGGAGGAGGAAACGUCUCAGUCGCUGGUCCCGGAGAACCGGAACUGUCUUCUUUGCGAGACGCAGGACUCGGGCGCGUGUCGCGCGAUGCCCUCUUGUGUUUACUGCGAGCCCACAGUCACGGCGCUGUGUGAGAGAAGCACCCCGUGUUUGCGAUGUACAGUGAUAAAAAAUCCUUUCUUCAAAUGUGUUCCGGGAGAGAAAUAUAUGGAUGAGUGCGACUCCUGCCGCUGCACGGACGGGCACGGCGGCUGGUGCACCAACCAGUUCUGCGAGUUCCGGUCCCUGCAUCUCUACGCGCUCAAGUUAUCCGAUGGAGAAUUUUAU